AUGAGCGGCGGUGCCGGUGUCGACUGGCACGAUGAGAUGGACAUCCCAAAAAUGGAGUUGCUCAACGCCGCCUAUGAAGGAAACAUCACUAAGGUGGCUGAGCUGCUGCGAAUGGGAGUCAACAUCGAUUCAUACGAUGACGAUCACGUUACGGCUUUACAAAUAGCGGCUUUCAAUGGAAAUAAUGCUAUGGUAACCUACCUACUGGAUGAAGGCGCUGAUCUAGAAGCUUGUAAUCAAGUCGGUAUGACACCGUUUCAUCACGCAUGCCGAGAAGGUCGUAUGACCGUCGUGGAAACGUUGCUUCAACGAGGAGCCGACAUCCACAGAACGACAUUCAUGGGAGCGACCGCUCUGACACUGGCUGCUGCUGGAGCCCACCUCCACAUUGUUAAGAAGUUGG